CCCUCCGCGGGCCAGCCCUCAGGUUCCAGUAAAGCCCCUGCUUUCCUGGCCACCUUGCGGUGCUCUCUGCCGGGUCUCCACCCUCACUUGGCUUCACCGGCGACCUCGCACGUGACUUAAGACAUGGCUGCCCAGUGUGUCACGAAGGUGGAACUAAAUGUUUCCUGUGACAACCUUUUGGAUAAAGAUGUAACAUCAAAGUCGGACCCUUUAUGUGUGCUGUUUUUGAGCACGAGUGGUCAACAGUGGUAUGAGGUUGAACGGACAGAAAGGAUUAAGAAUUCUUUGAGUCCCAAAUUUUCUAAGACAUUUAUUAUUGAUUACUACUUUGAAGUGGUUCAGAAAUUGAAAUUUGGAAUUUUUGACAUCGACAACAAAACUAUCGAGCUGAGUGAUGAUGACUUCUUAGGAGAAUGUGAAGUCACUCUUGGACAAAUUGUUUCCAGUAAGAAAUUAACUCGACCACUGGUGCUCAGAAAUGGCAGACCUGCAGGCAAAGGGAGUAUUACGAUUUCAGCAGAAGAAAUCAAGGAUAACAGAGUGGUCUUGUUUGAAAUGGAAGCCAGAAAACUGGAUAAUAAGGAUUUGUUUGGAAAGUCAGAUCCAUACUUGGAGUUUCACAAGCAGACAUCAGAUGGCCACUGGCUGAUGGUUCACCGAACAGAGGUCAUAAAAAACAACCUGAAUCCUGUGUGGAAGCCUUUUAAAAUCUCUCUUAACUCUCUGUGCUAUGGAGAUAUGGACAAAACCAUUAAGGUAGAGUGUUAUGAUUAUGACAAUGAUGGAUCACAUGAUCUUAUUGGAACAUUUCAAACCACCAUGACAAAACUCAAAGAAGCCUCCAGAAACUCACCUGUUGAAUAUGAAUGCAUAAAUGAAAAAAAGAGACAAAAGAAAAAAAGCUAUAAGAAUUCAGGUGUUAUCAGUGUAAAGCACUGUGAGAUUACUGUAGAGUGCACAUUUCUUGACUACAUCAUGGGAGGGUGCCAGCUGAACUUUACUGUGGGAGUGGACUUCACUGGCUCCAAUGGUGACCCCAGUUCUUCAGAUUCCCUGCAUUACAUCAGUCCUAAUGGUGUUAAUGAGUAUCUGACUGCCAUCUGGUCUGUGGGAUUGGUAAUUCAAGAUUAUGAUGCUGAUAAGAUGUUUCCAGCUUUUGGCUUUGGAGCUCAGGUGCCUCCUCAGUGGCAGGUGUCUCAUGAGUUUCCAAUGAACUUUAACCCGUCUAACCCCUACUGUAAUGGAAUCCAAGGCAUUAUAGAGGCUUAUCGGACCUGUCUUCCUCAGAUAAAACUCUAUGGACCAACUAAUUUUUCUCCAAUUAUAAAUCACGUGGCCAGGUUUGCAGCUGCAGCCACACAGCAGCAGACAGCAUCUCAAUACUUUGUGCUCUUGAUCAUCACGGAUGGCGUAAUCACAGACCUUGAUGAAACCAGACAUGCUAUCGUCAAUGCUUCCAAAUUGCCCAUGUCUAUCAUCAUCGUGGGAGUUGGGGGAGCUGACUUCAGUGCCAUGGAGUUUCUGGAUGGUGAUGGAGGAAGUCUCCGCUCCCCAUCAGGAGAGGUGGCCAUAAGAGAUAUUGUUCAGUUCGUGCCUUUCAGACAAUUCCAGAAUGCUCCGAAAGAAGCCCUUGCACAGUGUGUCUUGGCAGAGAUUCCCCAGCAGGUGGUGGGCUACUUCAACACAUACAAACUCCUUCCUCCCAAAAGCCCUGCUGUGAAAUAGGAGGAGCCAGGACAACUCCAGGAUUCAUAAGCCUCGUGGAGCAAUGCCAUCUCUUAUGCAGAAUGAAAUCUUAUCUACCUUAUGUGCUUUUCACCCUCCGUGUUCCCAAUAUAAACCCAACUUUUUGUAUGUAUUUUAUUUGUUUAAAACAUAUGUUUUAUAUUUUUUGAAGAGGACAGUAGCAAAUUCAUCUCUGCUUCAUAAAUUCGGUGAUUGUUAGUGAUGUCUAGAAAUUCUAAGAGUGCUAUUUGGAAUUGAAUUUAAUAUGGGAAAAGUGGGGAUUUGUUGGUUUGUUGUCUACUUUCUAUAAUGAAAAUGCUAUUUUUAAAUGUUGUCAGAGCGAAUGAGGAAUGACAGGAUGAUAUCGUUUGCAGGUUGCUAUACUGUUUAUAGUAAAUAUCUUGCAGGCCCAAGUCUGUACUUGUGGCUGUGAGAGCUCCUUAAAACAAGUAGUACUGAAUUUGUACCUGUGACUUUAUAUUUGUCCCUUUCCAUGCUGCAGUGAUGCAUUAUACAUAAUUGUUUUCACAUGGGGCUUCAUGAAAAGCAGGCGCUUACUCAGUUUUUAAAAUGUACAAUCAACCAGUGGAAAGAUCCUUGUAGACAAGACAGUUUUGCCUUUUGAAAUCUCUUCUUUUCACUGUGAACUAUUGCACACAAAAUGGUCAGGUUUGGCCUUUCUUUUAUUGAGUAAAGAAGACACUUGAGCUUCUGUGGAAGUGCAAAUGAUAGGUCAUCCCAGAGGCUACAUUGACUAGGUCAGUGUAAGGUAACUAAGUGAUUGGGAUUGGUUCGUCCAUUAAAGCUGUGAGGACCAAACAUUUAAGAUGAAAAUUCAUAGUUGUAGGCUAGGCAUGGUGGCAUACCAUGCUAACACUUGGGAGGCAGAGGCAGGAG